UAUGCAGCCGGAAUUGUACACAUUAUUAUUACUAAUAUGUGUGCACGAAAAGAUAACUUAAUAUUAUUUUAAUUCAACUAAUCUUAAAUAUUUUGAAAACUAUCUAGUCAGUUUUUUUUAACUUGUAUUAUUAAUGUUUGAUAAUAAUUAAUAUUAUUUUUAAACUUUUAUUUAUAAUUAUAUUUUAAGUGUUGAUUUUACAAUUUUAUUGGAUUUAAGUACACUAUUUUGAGAUGCAGGGUAUUGGUAUUAAAACACAAGACAAUGGAAUUUUACCAGCAAGCAAAGACAUUGGAAAAAGUCGCAGAAAAUCUCGAUGGAAACUAAAAUUUCAUCACCAAGCAUUACCUGCAGAAUAUUUGAACCAUUAUGAAGCAUCCAUGAUGUCUCCUCAACCAUCUCCAGGAAAUUCAUCAUCUCCAACACCUGUUCUUUUUACGGGAAAUGUUAAAUCAAAACUACCACCAGAAGCACAAACUAGUGUCCGUUUUGAUGAUCUACCAUACAUGGGAGAGAUGACGUUAGAUAAUGCAAAACCGCGGAGGGGACGGAAACCAAAAAAGGCUGAUAUAUGUCAUUUGAUAUAUAAAAACUACGGUACGACCGUUGUAGAAGAACCUUUGAAUUUAUGCGUCAGGGACCAGAUAUCAUCAAUAAAUGAUUUUCAAUUACCUGGUUCUGCCAGUCUCCAGGAAACAUUAAAUCUUCAAUCAAAAGACUCCAAGCGUAAGAGCAAAAAGUCACUGGCUCGAGAGCGCUUGGAAAAAACAUUUAAAGAAAAAGGUUUCUUAAUUCAGACGCAACAACUAGAAUCCGCCCAAGGAGCCACGUACUGUAAAUUUAGACAAUUAAGGAAGUUUACACGGUAUCUGUUUAGAAGUUGGAAACAUCAUUUACCUGGUGAUGUCGUAGAUAAUGGAGUCAAUAGUCAAAUUACUUGAAUUGUCUACUGAUUAAAUAAUAUGAUUUAUAAGUGUUCUUUCUAUGAGUGGAUUAUAUCUAUAAUAAUUCUUAGAACUCAAUACACGGACGUGUGUAAAUUAUGAAUAUCUAAGUGUUUAGAAACGAAAUCAAAAUCAAGUGUUAAGAACACAAUUUAAUAAUUUAUUGGAGACAACGAAGUUUUGUUGGUGAGUGUUAUUAUUCAAUUUUGAAAAAGAAAAACUUAUUUGCCAAAGGAAAACAUCGAAUUUAAAUGUUUAAAUAACGUUAAAAUAUAAACAAUACAUGAGCAUAAUGCAAAAUGAACUUUGAAAUUUGUUUUAUGAAAUUUUUCUUUAUUGUACAAUGAGAAGUACAUCUAAUACUUGUAGAAAUAAUUUAACUCGUGUACUUCAAUUUACACCAAUUAAUACCAUCGUAAUUCAAAAAAUAGUUAAUUAUUUGGUGACAAUAAAAUAAUGGUAAUGAAAAAGAGACUAUUUGUGAUUAAAUUAGAUUUUACUAUUUUUAAAUUCUUAUAUAAUUCACAAAAUAGUAACGUGGGGGUCGGUUAAAAUGAAGAUUUUUAAUAAAUUCGUUUACUUCCUUUAACACAUUUAUAGAUGGGGAAUGUGCCGAUUGAAGACCUUGACACAUGUUAUAGUGUUGCACAAUAUAAUUUUAAAAAUUAUUUUCAGUAUAAACGUGAACUUUAAUAUAUAUUGUAAAGAAUGAGUAAUGACGAAAUAAGAAUAAGAUAACUAUAUUGGUUUACAUAUUCGUAAAUUGUAUUAUAGUUGUUAUUCUCUUUUUGAUAUGACUUUGUGAUAUUCAAUUUUCAUAAUUAUUUAUAUUAACACUGUUUCCAAAAUUAUUGGAUACUUCCAUAAUAUUCUGUUGUCUUGUGUCAUAUUAUAUAAUAAUAUGUACUUAUAAAUGUUUGUAUCAUCAGUGGCGGUUCUAGCGUAUGAGCAGGGUGGGCAGCUGCCCAUACCAAAAUUUCUGGUGUUCAUUAUUUAAAAAUGUAAUGGGAAUGGGGAGGAAAUUAGAAAUAUUAUUCACAGUUAAAACUUAAUUAUAAAUCUACUGUUGCCCAUACGAAAAUGUAGUCCUAGAACCGUGGCUGUGUAUCAUAUUUCUUAAAUAAAACGUGCGAAAAAUAUAAACCAGCCGUCAUAACACAUAACAGAUAUUAUAUAUAUUGAACAUAGAUAAGAUAUUAUAUACACACACGCAAACAUAAUAUAUUAUACAUGUAAAAUAUUAGUUUUCAAAAUUGUGACCUAGGUACCUUUGUUAUUUAUUAUAUUUCAAUUGAUUUUGUUUUUAUGUAUUCAUUUUUAAAAUAAUUUAUAAACAUUUUAAAAAAACGCUCGUAGGUAA